UGUAUGUGUGUGUGUGUGUUAAGGGCGUCACUCCUGAUCUCUCUCUCUCAGUCUCUUCUCUUCACAGCUGUGUUUGUUCAGUGAUCUUCCAGAGCUCCAUCAUGACACUCAGAGACGGACGUUUUCUGCUGCCGCUGCUGCUGCUCACACUCUUCACACACUCCUCACUCCAGCAACAAAACACCAGCAAGAAGAAAACACCUGACAAAAAAGACUCAGAGUCUCGAGUCAGCGCUGCAUUAGAGGAUCUUCAGCAGCAGAUCAGUGAUAUCGUGGAGGAGCUCAACCUUCUGAAAGAGCAGCAGGCUCUGCAGACCGUCUGUCUGAAGGGCACAAAGAUCCAUGGUAAGUGUUUUCUGGCGGACUCCAUGAAGAAGCGCUACCACACAGCCAAUGAAGACUGCAUCGCUAAAGGAGGAAUCCUGGCCACUCCCCUGAGCUCCGCCCAAAACACACAGCUCUACGAAUACAUGCGACAGAGCAUUUCAGCGGACGCCGAGAUCUGGCUGGGUGUAAACGACAUGCAGACCGAGGGCUUGUGGACCGAUCAGACCGGCUCAGCCAUCAGAUACAAGAACUGGAAGCUUCCGCAACCUGACGGCGGCAGCGCGCAAAACUGCGCCGUGCUCACGUCUGGCGGAAAGUGGCUGGACGAGAGCUGUCGUGAGGAGCGCGCUUCCAUCUGCGAGUUCAACAUUGUCUGAAAUCCCAGCCCGAUCUUUUACGUUUUGUCACUUUAGUGGCUAAUUCGUACGAGUUCAGUUGAACGAAAUUGUACGAUUUUAAAAAGGAGGCGUGGCACCUAACCCCACCCCUAACCCUUAACCGUCAUUGGGUGAUGAGCAAAUCGUACUAAAUUGUACGAAUUCGAUCGUACGAAUUGAUACGAAUUAGCCACUAAAUAGAAAAAGUUACGAAUUGCCGUGAGAUUGCGUUGGAAAUCCUCAUCGAUUCAUCUCAGCGCUCCUUUCCAUUUCACAAUCCUGCUUGCAUUGCGUUUGCUUCCUAAUUGUAGAUUUUUCUGACCCCAUUGUCAGUGCACUCCACACAAACAUUCAGACACAAAAGCAGAUCUAUAAUCAGAGAUCCAACACUGUAAUCAAGAGCAUGAUUGGACUGUCUCCAAUAAGACGAGGCCAACACACAAACAAAACAAACAACAUGAAUCAGACCAGGCUGUUUGACGGAUAACUCCAGACACCUGAUGGAAACGAUGAUUAUUUCAGAUCGCUAGCUUUGUUUACUUGUUUAUUUUCUAACAAACUAAUGUCUAGCCUGAUAUAGCCAGAACAUAUAUCAUUUCAUCGCAAUAAAUAGGUUUU